CGCCGGGAUUUCGCAGCACGUCGGCACGUCCUGCGAGAACAGUGGCCGGCUGCCAUCAGGAUCCAGGCUUGUUGGAGAGGGUACCAGCAGCGCAGAGCCUACCUGGAGAGGCUGCGCUACCUGCGAGCCAACGCAGAUGCUGCCAUCAAGAUCCAGGCGGGCGUGAGGAUGUGGCGAGCUCGGAGAAAGUACCAGGAGAGGCUGCGCUACUUCAGGCAGAACGUUAAAGCCGUAAUUAAAAUCCAGGCUUUUGUGCGAGCCCACAAGGCCCGUGGGGAUUACAGGCUGCUGGUCCACACCAGGAGCCCACCCCUGAGCAUCGUCCGGCGCUUCAUCCACUUGCUGGAGCAGAGCCAGCAUGACUUCUGGGAGGAGUCGGAGGUGCUGCGGCUGCAGGAGGAGGUGGUGAAGAGGAUCCGUGCUAACCGACAGCUGGAGAGCGACCUGGACCUCAUGGACAUCAAGAUUGGUCUGCUGGUCAAGAACAGGAUCACUCUGCAGGAGGUGGUCUCCCACUGCAAGAAGCUGACCAAGAAGAACAAGGAGCAGCUCUCAGAGAUGAUGUCCAUAGACAAGCAGAAGGGGCUCAAGUCGCUCAGCAAGGAGAAGCGGCAGAAGCUGGAGGCCUAUCAGCACCUCUUCUACCUGCUGCAGACCCAGCCUAUGUACUUGGCCAGGCUCAUCUUCCAGAUGCCCCAGAACAAGUCCACCAAGUUCAUGGAGUCGGUGAUCUUUACGCUUUACAACUACGCCUCCAACCCACGCGAGGCUUACCUGCUGCUCCAGCUCUUCAAAGCAGCGCUGCAGGAGGAGAUCAGGUCCAAGGUGGACCACAUCCAUGACAUCCUGACAGGGAAUGCCACGGUGAUCCGGCUGGUGGUCAGCUUCUACCGCAACGCUCGUGGGCAGAACGCCCUGCGGCAGAUCCUGGGUGGCCCGGUGCAGGAGGUCCUGCAGGACAAGACCCUCAGCAUCCGCACCAACCCAGUGGACAUCUACAAGGCAUGGAUCAACCAGACCGAGUCGCAGAGCGGGCAGAAAAGCAAGCUCCCAUAUGAGGUCAGCCCUGAGCAGGCUCUCAGCCACCCCGAGGUCCAAAGGCGGCUGGAUAUUUCUAUCCGCAACCUCCUGGCGAUGACGGACAAGUUUGUCUCUGCCAUCACCUCUUCUGUAGACAAGAUCCCCUAUGGGAUGCGCUACGUGGCCAAAAUCCUGAGGACAUCCUUGACUGAGAAAUUCCCCAAGGCCUCGGUGGAGGAGAUUGACAAGAUCGUGGGGAACCUACUCUACUACCGCUUCAUGAACCCAGCGGUGGUGGCCCCCGAUGGCUUUGACAUCGUGGACAUCUCAGCUGGGGUGACUCUGCAUCCCGACCACCGCCGCAACCUGGGCUCCAUCGCCAAAGUGCUGCAGCACGCGGCCGCCCGCAAGGCCUUCGAUGGGGAGAACGCACAUCUCUGCGGGGUGAACCAGUACCUGGAGGACACCCACAACAAGUUCAGGAGGUUCAUCUCUGCUGCCUGCUGUGUCCCUGAGCCAGAAGAGAGGUUUAAUGUGGAUGAGUACUCGGAGAUGGUGGCCAUGGCCAAACCUGUCAUCUACAUCACAGUGGGGGAGCUCAUCAACACCCACAAGCUCCUGCUCGAGCACCAGGACUCCAUCGCGCCGCACCACGGUGACCCCCUCCAUGAGCUUCUGGAAGAUCUUGAUGAACUUCCAACAGUCCAGUCCCUUGUCGGGGACACUGCUCCCAGCCCAGGGGACAGCAGUGCCGAGCAGGUCCUCUCCCAGCUCAGCAAAAUGGAGAUUUCCCUCACCCUCACUGGCAAGCUCAUGCCAGCGGCCAGCAGCGAGGAGAGCGACACGAGGAGCUUGCUGCUGAGCACCAAGCAGAUGCUGGUGGACGUGAUCCAGUCCCAGCCAGGAGAUUCCCUCCCAGAGAUCUUGUGGACACCGGCCUCUGAGCACGAGGAAGCCUCCCACGACCAUCUCAUGCACAGGCGAGCGCUGCAGGACGCCCAGACCCCUGCCAAGCUGAAACGCCACCGCUCCCUGGUUGCUAACAGCCAGUUGUCCAUGGAGGAGAAGAAACGCAAGAUCAUCCGCAACCUGCGGCGCUUGGAGAGCCUGGGGCUCGUGGACUCUGCCCACCAGUACCAGGAGCUCAUCAACGAGCUGGCCAAGGACAUCCGCAACCAGAGGCGCUACCGGCAGCACCGCAGAGGGGAGCUGCUGAAGCUGAGGCAGACCCUGGAGGGCCUCAAUGCCAAGACUUUGUUUUAUGAGGAGCAAAUUGAUUAUUACAACCAGUACAUCAAGACCUGCCUCGACAACCUGGCAGCCAACAAGGUCAGCAAGAAGAACAAGAAGCUGCAGUCAUUGCACUACACGGCAGCCCGGCUCUUUGAGAAGGGGGUUCUGCUGGAGAUCGAGGACUUGCCGCUGAGCCAGUUCAGGAAUGUGAUUUUUGACAUCAUCCCCUGUGAGGAAUCGGGCAGGUUCCAGGUCAAAGCCAAAUUCAUGGGGAUCGACAUGGAGCGGUUCCAGCUGCACUACCAGGACCUGCUGCAGCUGCAAUACGAGGGCGUAGCCGUCAUGAAACUGUUUGAUAAGGCCAAGGUCAACGUCAACCUGCUUAUUUUCCUCCUCAACAAGAAAUUCUUCAAGAAGUAA